CCACCAGUGUGAAACUAAAGCAGCCGCAGAUUUCAGCACAAACGCAGCUGAAAUUGGUAACAAAUAAACCGAACGGGAAGAGCAAAAAGCAGCUGAUAUUUCAGGUCUGAACAGUGUGAAGUUAAGAAGAGAAGAAAUAUCCUUGGACAAAUCUUCUGCUGCUACACUUGAAUGGACUCGAUGCCCAAAGGUAUACAGUAAGACCAAACCAACUCACCCGGAGCUCCAUUAUGCCUGUGAAAAAGAAAAGAAAGUCGUCCGGUUCGGAAGAUCCUAGUAUUAGAAAAUGUAAAAUCACCAGUUACUGUAGGACACAAACUUCAGGACGCCUGGUAAACCCAGAGGAACAUUUCUCCAACAAGAAAUGCCUGGCCUGGUUUUAUGAAUAUGCAGGGACGGAUGACAUUGUCGGGCCAGAAAGCAUGGAAAAAUUCUGUGAGGACAUUGGUGUGGAGCCAGAAAAUAUUGUAAUGUUAGUUUUAGCCUGGAAACUUGAAGCAACAAAUAUGGGAUUUUUCACAAAAGAAGAGUGGCUGAAGGGAAUGACGUCACUACAUUGUGACGGCACAGAAAGAUUACAAGGCAAACUGGAUUAUAUGCGCUCUCUGCUCAAUGACCCGGUUAUAUUCAAGAGCAUCUACAGAUACGCCUUUGACUUUGCCAGGGAUAAAGAUCAGCGCAGUCUUGAUAUGGAUACCGCCAAAUCCAUGUUGGCGCUGCUGCUCGGACGGACAUGGCCUUUGUUCCCAUUGUUUCACCAGUUUCUGGAGCAGUCAAAGUAUAAAGUCAUGAACAAGGACCAGUGGUACAAUGUGUUAGAGUUCAGCCGUACGGUUAAUGCAGACCUGAGCAACUACGAUGAAGACGGAGCCUGGCCGGUGAUGCUGGAUGAGUUUGUGGAUUGGCAUAAAGUCAGAAAUGCAUUAUAGCACAAGCAGACGCAGAACGAAAGCACACGAGUUUUGUUGUUUUCAAUGGCAUACCUCUCCUGGACGCCUUUCAACACGUCCCAUGCCGAAUACGGAUCAUCACUACCCAGAGACUUUUACAGUGUUACUUUAAAAGGCACAGAGGAAUCACAAGACUAACAAAAGGGGAAUAUUUUUCAUAUGUGUUGAAUUUGUUGCAGCAGUUCUAUUGCCAGUGUUGUAUGAUUUUUCUGAAAGGGGAAACGGUCUGUUUGUAAUUUUGGUCCCUUUCUUUUCUUUUCUCCUCAAAGUUUUACUUUGUUUAUAGUGUUUUGAAAAGGACAUAAAUAAAGCAAUUGUAAAUUA